AAAUGCUGCUGAGGCUGCCUCUCGCUGCGGUCGUGGUGUGUGUCGCUGGUCUGUGCUGGUGUGUGGAGGCGGACGGGCUGGACAGGGUGAUCGUACCGCGGGACUACGGCGUCAAACUUUGCGGGAGAGAGUUCAUCCGUGCGGUCAUCUUCACCUGCGGCGGCUCCCGGUGGAGGAGGACCGCACCGGGGGGCUCGGACCCCUUCCAGAGCAGCUCCUACAGCGACGUCUCAGUGGCAGAUAACCAGCUCACCUGGAACCAUGGUGUGGAGCUGACAGAUAGCCGCACUCCUCUCCAGAUGCCCUCCUCUUACUCCCUGGCUGACCUCUUGGCCCUGUUUGGGGCUCUGGGAGACAGGCAGCCACCAGGCAACCCGGUGCCACUGGAGGGGCUUCAGCUGCCUACAUUAUUAGGGAAACAAGACCCAGCGGCUGACUGGCCCAAACCCAGCAGGAGGAAGAGGAGCUUUUCCCUCGGUGUGGCCGGGAUGUGCUGUAACCAAGGCUGCACCAAGAACGACAUCGGACGCUUAUGUUGAGGC